AUGGCUGGAACUACCAUCUCUCACUCCACCCCGGGGAAACAAAUGGAGUCGAAUCUCAGAAAGAAACGAUCAUCCAACAACCUAUCCAAUACCAAACCAGUGAAAUCGAACACCGGAAGGUGGAAGAACAGGCCAAUCAGACCUCAGUUUAAGCUAAAUCCGGAAGAGCGAAAGCAGGUCCAUGACCUUUUGAAAAAAUUCAGCGGCCUCAAGAUUUUCACAUUGCCACUCGACUUACCACCCUGGUCACCGCCAUCAAAACUCGAAGAUAUCAAUCCGGACUUGAUCAUCUUUCGCGAUUAUGGCUCGAGUCUUGACGACUGGGAUCGUUCAGAAGUCAAGGAGGAACAAGCCAGGCAUCCAACUGAGUCAAACGACCAGAACGAGUGGAAACAACCUUCUGGACCAGCUCACAACUCGAACCGAUCAUCCGCCAACUUCCACCCGAUAACCACAACCGGCAUCCACACAGCUACUGCCAGCUCUUCCUCAACCUCUCCUGAAACAUUCAGCUCUCCGUCUGACCAACCAUCCAAACUCACCAACGGAAGGAAUGAUCAUCCCGAACCGAGAUACGAAUCAGCUCGUAAUGCUAAAAUUCCAUUUGAACCACAGCCUGAUCGAUCAGCGGUCUCAAUUAAGGGCAAAGAGAAGGGUAACCCAGAGAUUGAUUGGACCGGAUGGGAGGUCCAGAACUACAACAGCAAUGAACUCGAGAGAAUGCGAUCCCGGUAUGCGGAUCAAGCCAGAGAAUUCAAGAGAUUAUCUGAUGUUCAACGACAGCAGAUAUCCCAAGCCCGGGCAGCCCUGUCUGACCCUAGGGCGCCGAUCCCAGAAGAAGCGGAGGUGAUGAGCGACUUAGCGGCCGUUGGAUGUGUGGACUCGCUCCUGCUCUUCACACAAUCUUUCCUGGCUACCGAGCUCACGAGACCCACCAUGACUCGGGCUGAUCAGUGUUCUCAGUGGAGUAGCAUGAUCGGAUUCUUGGAGGUCGCUAAAUCGACGACUCGCCGGUCGGGCAUCCAACUUACACAUGCCAUCUGUUUAAUGUACGAAAGCUUGCUUCUCGACCGACUGGUCGAAGCUGACAGGCCGAUAUUACUACAAACGUACUCCCACGAAACAGACACGGAGAAACUACUGGAAGGGUUCAAGAAACUGAAGCGCAUCAUGAACUACCAGGAAAUGUCCAAGGCAUCCUGGCUCUCGGCCGAGAAGAUGUUUGAUCGGAUUCUCUCUUCUUCAUCCUCGCCCGCAUCGACAAACUCAGCAGAGUCAGAUAGGAAUUACAGAACGAUCGGCUUGCCCAAGUUGAAAGCCUUGCUCCAGCAUAUGCGCAUCCGCGAGCGCAAUAGCACCCCUAGACUCUUGAGCGUCGAUCGCCCCUACAGGUUCUGUUGGCCGCUAGACAAAACUAACCUCGACUCUAUGGCCGACUUUGUCGUAUUCUCGAGAUGCGCUCUCGACGAGUUCCUAGAAGCUAACCAGACUAGAAUCCGCUUCAAACUCGCCAGAUUCGACGAUCAUCACGUCCUCUUCCCUCAUCCAACUUCCAAGCCUCAUCCCUGACCCGAAAUAGCUAUCCAUCUUGACUCUCAAUCAAUUUUUUAUCAAUUUACCUUAUAUAUCGUUCAGCUGAUAUUCUUG